UGGGCGAGUUUGGAAGCGGUGCCCCGACAACGGCGUCGCGGCGGUGGACAAGGAAAUAGUGCCGAGACGGCGGCGGCGGCGUAUGAGAAGUUGGACGCGUGGAUGAGAGAUUCGGUGGUGGAGAUCGUCAAGAAUCUUAGAGAAGCGCCGCUGUUGGUCAAUGUGUACGGGAAGGGCAGUAGGGACGAGAAGCCAUGGAUUGAAACGGAGAAGGGGGUGGAGGAAGAGAAUUGGGAGGUGCUCAGGCGAAAAUGGGAGGGUGGGGUGGCGCCGUUUCCUGACGGCGUUAUCUUCGUUGAAGAACUCAUGGAUGAUGAUGAAGGUGAAGGUGACCGGAACAGGGACGGAGAUGGGAUCACGCGGGCAUGGGGGCUAGUGGUGCAGGGGAAAGGGGAGGAGUGUGGGCCAGCGUGUUACUUGUUGAAGACGAGUAAAGUAAAGGCCGGGUCGGGUUGUGGGCUGGGGAUGGGGUUGGGCUGUACUCAUUUCUGCUUGGUUCGGGUCAAUAGUUUCAGGGAGACGGCCCAAUCUCAGCUGAAGAAUUGCUGGCUAUUGCAGGCCCUGCAGGCCCAGGCCCAAUGAUACUCUAAAUCCAAACUCAAUUAAUUUGUAAAUCAAAAUACCAACUUAGAAGAGCACCAGAUUAAUUUGAUGCUCACUUAAAUCAUAUUAAUUCAUUCAUGGUGUACAGUACUGUAAUUGUACAACUCAUAACCAUGAUGAUAUAUGUACAUUGAGAAGGAAGCAUUUCACUGAAACACACAAGUGGAUCAAUUUUUUUAUUUCUUCCUUUCUCUGGAGUCUCUGACAUUUUCCUUUGUGUGAAGGAAUUUGCAUGAUGUACGUGGUGACUUGAGAAAUUUAUGAGUUUAUUUUUAUUUUAUUAGUUAA